GAGCGCGCGGGUCGCAGAUCGCGUGUUCCCCCCUCUUCCUCUCUCUUUUUCACACCGCGCUGAUGGAGCCGCUCGAGCCCGUCAGGAACGGUGCCUCGCGCCCCGUCAGCCUGUACGGAGAGUUCUCGGUGAAGGGUGUCCGGCACGCCGUCACCCUGUCGGAGCGCGAGCUCUCUGUCCGCAGGCUCGCGGGCGGCAGCAGCAGUGGCGGGAAACCGGCCGCCACCGUCUUCAGCCUUGCGGACUGCCUCGGGUGCCGCGCGCACCUGAGGGAGCAGCAGGAAGGGCAACACGAGGAAGGGGAGGAUGUCGGUGAGCGCGCGGGCUCGAGCGCCUACGUCUCGGCGUAUUUCUACCCGUUCCGGCGGCGGCGGCGCUGGGCGGGCGCGGGACUCACGCGACAGCGAGUGGAGCAGCGGUUCCGCGUGAGCGCGAGCGGAGACCCACGCGUCAACCUGGAGGAGGCGCGGCGGUGGGCGCGAGCCAUACGCGAGGGUUCUGCCCGGAACCGGCCACAGAGGACAGAUGCUGUGUGUGCAGAGGUGAGGAGUCCGUGCAGAAUGCUGCUGAUGUUGAACCCUCACAGUGGAAAAGGCCAGGCUCACUCACUCUUCACCGCUCAUGUGCAGCGCAUGCUUCAGGAGGCCAGUAUACCGUACACUCUCAUCAUUACAGAGCGACAAAACCAUGCACGUGAAUUGGUGCGAGAAGCAGACCUGUCUCAGUGGGACGCGCUGGCCAUCAUGUCGGGAGACGGGCUGCUGUUCGAGGUAGUGAACGGCCUCAUGGAGAGGGAAGACUGGGAGGAGGCCAUUAAGACUCCUCUGGGAGUGCUGCCUGGGGGUUCAGGGAACGCAGUAGCUGCCUCCAUACACAACUACUGUGGAUUACAGCCAAUGUCAGGAGAGGAUCUGCUGGUGAGCUGCGGCUUCAUGCUGUGCAAAGGCUUGGUGUCACGUCUGGACCUGAUUUCCAUCUGCACGGCAUCCAAUCAGCGGCUUUUCUCCUUCCUAUCCCUCGCCUGGGGCUUUGUCGCUGAUGUGGACAGUGAGAGUGAGAAAUAUCGGCAUGUAGGGGCGGCCAGAUUCACUGUGGGUACACUAGUGCGCCUCAUGUCGCUGAGGGUGUACCAGGGAAAGCUUUCUUACCUGCCUGCUGAGCAGUCUGGCUCAUAUUCUAGCCUAGAACAGUCAACAGAAUCCCCUACCGAUUUUUCCCAGCAGAUUGCUUCUUCUUCAGAUUAUUCGGACAGCUCACCGUGUGCAAAUCAUCCUCUCCACAACUUCUGCAACUCCAACAAUGCGCCCAAACCAAAGCGAACUAACCUGUCACAGGUGUCCGUGUUGGGCCCUCCAGAUUCACUCCUUGUGCCCCUCGACCAGCCUGUCCCGGCACACUGGACGGUGGUAAGUGAGCAAGACUUUGUGCUGGUGCUAGCCGUGUACCAGUCCCACAUUUCAGAAGACUUGAUAGCUGCUCCGGCAUCCAGACUGGAGGAUGGCGUGAUACACCUGAUUUACGUAAAAGCAGGCAUCUCACGCACAGCUCUCUUGCGUCUCUUCCUGGCCAUGGAGAAAGGAACCCACUUGAGCACAAACUGCCCGUACGUGGUGUAUGUUAAAGCACAGGCCCUACGACUGGAACCCUAUUCUCCCAAAGGAACCAUCACUGUAGAUGGGGAGGUGGUGGAAUAUGGCCCAGUGCAAGCACAAAUACACAGCAGUUUGGCUCGACUCAUAGCCGGAUAAAAGUUCAGUGUGAAUAACAGCAAAUGAAACCUAGCAGGGUCAGGAUUUCAUGCUUUGCCAGUUUUGGUUUAUUGUUAUCUAUGAAGAGCUGCAUUCACUGUGAAGAAAUAGACAGGUUCUUGGCAGACAUUCCAGAAUUUGUCUUUUUCUGGAAACAUAAAUAACUACUUCACCUAAAAAUGCUAACGCUGCUAACAAUGGAAAGUUAGCGUAAAGCACUAAAACAACCUUAUUUUGAUUACUGGACAGGCUUUUUUGAGUGACUUAUUCCUUGAAAGGAUUGCAGGCUGGUCCUACACUGGUCAAAUGGUUACUACGAUUUUCUAAAGGGAUGAUUUCUACCUUGUGAAAAAACAUAUUUUUAAAAUACCACAGAUUGUAGUGGUGAAUUCCUGGAAAAGAUUGAAGAAAAUUGUAUUUUUCUACCUACUUAAGGCUCUUACAUACUGCUGAUUUAUACAAAACAAUACACAACAAAAACAGCUUGUAUUUAUAAGAGAAAUGGUAUAUCACUGGGUGGCACAGGGUUCUGCUGAUGAUUUAUAGAUUUAUAGACCAGCUGGUUUCUUUUCCUCAAGCUUCUUUUAUAUCAUCAUUAAACCAUAUGGACAGGCUACAGCAGGGGUGUCCAUCCAGAGAUCUAUCACUGUGCAGAAUUUCCCAGUAUGAGAGAGCUCACUUUACUGUUUAGGUGAUUUUGUUGGUACAUUGUAGACGACCUCUGGUUAGAAGUUUCCAUUCUCCAAUAGCUGGAUCAGAUGAACAGUGCUCAUUAAAAAGAGAAUGAAAAUAAGAAAGACAACAUUUAGACAUUCUUCUAGAUAUAGAAAGUUUUUAAUUUUAAUAUAAAAGUUGCCUUAGCUUUUAUUUGAACUGAAUUCACGUAAUUCAUGUAAAUGGAUCACAUACCAGUAGUUUAAACACAAGAUAUUUAAGAAACUAAUAUGAUUUAGUUGCUUUUCCUAAUCUGGACACAUUUUGUAGCUUUUUUCAUGAAAUUUGUGCUGCGUAAAUGUACACUGUGUAAGUUCUGGGGAUUUGGAGACCUCUCUGGUGGAAACGUGUAAUUGCACGAGAACAUUUGUAAUGUGAGUCGUGCUUGGACACCUUCCCCAAGCAGAUCUGAUAACUCAGCCAGAACGUGGUGAAGCACAUCUUCUGAGGAUGUGAGUGAAUUGUCUACUGUUGUCAUCACAUCGUCAUCCGUAUAAUGUAGAUUUUUCAUGAUCUGAGGGCUGAAAACUUGCCUCUGACUUUUAAAUAAUUAUUUCAGGCUUUAGAGAGCGACUCGUACACUAUAUCUUAGCAUAUCAGUAGUCUUUUUUUCAUCGAUCCAUCCAUCCAUUAUCUUCCGCUUCAACAUAGUACAUCUUUAAAAAAGAUGUAUGUUUAUUACAGUACUGCAGUCUUACCAUCCUUUACCGGCAAACUGAUUUCUAUUUGACCAUUUUAGUGUCACAAAAAGAUAAAUAACCGUUAGCAUGUCACAGUUAAUGUGAAAUAUGUUACGUAGUUGUUGUUCUAGCUCAAUGCUGGGCAGUACUGAUAAAAUUUCAUGUCAAAUUUUGUAAUUAUGUGUCUCCGUAUCGCAGUACCAGAUGAUAUUUAAAGUGGCAUCUCUGCCUAAAAAAUAUAGUUUAAUAUUAUUAGUUUGUUUUCAUUAAUCAGUGUUUUCUCCAUCCAGUGCCUAGCAUACAACCAUUAGGAGUCCCUGUGGUGUCAGCCAGUCCUGAUCGCUGGUCCAGCCGCUGAGGUAUAGGCUAAUGUAUACAAGCAAGUUAGCGUAGCAUUAGCAUAGCUCUCAUUUCUGUGGUCGAACAAAGUUGUAAGCAGCGAUUUCUCUGUUCAGUACACAGUGGUAACCAGAGUCACGUUUUUGCCUUUUCAUCCCCAGAAAAGAAGCCAAAUUGAGAUAAGAUGUCUAGAUAACCAGCUAGCUUGCUAACUUUAGUUUUUAGCUUGUUGUCCCGAUUCUGGCCCGCUCCAUUCUCUAUAAUAAAUCAAAACAGCUCCUAAAAUUCCACCUCAAGGCACGUGUUUCUCAGAAGUCCCUCCACUUUCAAGAUAUAAGGGUUUUUUUUCUAAUCUGUAAACUAGAAAAUAGCAUUGAAUCCACUGCAGCACUUCUGUAGGGAAAAAAGGCAUAUUUACAACAGAUGUAGUGCUGGUUACAUUUUUCUGUUUGGCCUGAGCAUCCCUAUAAGAUAAUCAUUUAAUAAAGUACAGUGUAUGAGUCCACGCUUCCUGAGUGCUGAGCUCUGUGCUGAAAGAACAUCUUUUAAUAAACUGAUAUAGGUUAUUUGAUUAGACUGCUCUCCUAAAAUGACAACAAUGAUACACAGUAAACAUUAACCCGACUCACAAAAUUAGAAACUUGGUAUUUGGUUUAUAUGGAUUUCUUUUAGAACAAUCCUGAGCACUUAGCAGGUGAUGGUACCAGUUUAGAGAAUAUACAACACAGCACUACUGAAGCUUAGAGAAAAGGGAACCAGAGCACAACCCCCCACCCCCCCCCCCACCCCCCACUUUCUAAUUAUUAGCCUGAGGUUUCAGGCCUGACAGUGCUGAGAGAGUCGCUUUCGUCAUGUGAAUAAUGUCCCUCGUAUCGGUCAGUUUCGAUCGGGUUCCUUCACUGGUCAAGGCUGUGGCACAGAAAAGCUUGUAGGAGGACGUAGCACGUUUAUAAUGCGCUGGUGUCUGUGUGUUGACACACAUAACAACAAUCCAAAGACAUUCCCCGCUGAUUGCCAGCUCGUUCCAAUCAGAAUCCUUUUGUUUUGACCUCAUUUUGCCUUUUUUCCCCCAUUGACUGAUUCUGCUGCGCUUAGAAGCCUGGCUGAUGAAGCUGUGUGAGGCGUGGCUAAAAAAGUGAUGCGGGAUGCUGGCAUUGAUUUGCAGACUGUGAGCUCUCCCUCUCGCUCCCUCUCUCGCUCGCUCACUCACUCACUCUUAUCCAUCACUCAGCACUGCAGUGGUCCACCUCCCCCCCAACACACGCAUGCAACCUCACCCUGUCUGAAGACGCAGCUGCUGUACACUGAUUGCAACCCCCCACUCACAUCGACCCCUAACCUUCAGUCUGAUUGUCAGAUAGUCUGUGAUGCAGAUGAAUUAGUUCCUUGAGAAUAUCAGGAUUAAUCUUCCAAAAUAUACUAUGCUAAUUUAGUUAUAUUGUACAAUGCUAUAUUACUACUGUGCUAUAAUAAUGUUGUUACACUUUAAUAUUCAUAGUACUAUAUUGCUAUAAUACUACAGAAAUGUAGAAUUGUACUUCAGCAGUAACUGUUACAAUAUUAUAGUAAUAUUGCAUUGUGCUGUAUUAUACUUCUUUACAAUAGUAUAGUGACAGUGUAAUAGUGUACUGUAUUAAA